AUGGCCACCCCAGUUGAGCCUCAACCCGUUCCAAAGCAACCACUUCACGAUUCAAUCAUAUCGAGGCUCGAUCCCGAAUAUGUCAUAUUCCAUGAAAAGUACCUCCAACAUAUCACGCCUCCUCAUUCGCUCCCAUGGGACCCGGUCAAGAUGCGAGCGCCGCCUGAAUUCGGGGCUGCAUCGAGGAAACCAGUUGAGGUAGGUAAGAUUGCAGAGUACGAGCUGAAGAAAGGAGGGCAUGGACGGAAAAUGAGGGCGUAUACACCACCUGGACAGCCUCCGACGACAGGCUGGCCAGUUAUACUUUAUUUUCACGGAGGUGGAUGGGCACUCGGAGGACUCGACAGCGAACAAUCGAUCAUCACGAAUAUUUGCGUCGGUGCGAAAUGUGUUGUGCUAUCGGUUGAUUAUCGAUUGGCGCCAGAGAACCCAUUCCCAGCAGCGGUUGAAGACGUUGUUGAGGCCCUUCAGUGGGUGCUAACAGAUGGGAAGAACUUGCUAAAUAUCGAUGUGUCCAAGGUGGCGACUGGAGGUCUUUCUGCUGGUGGAAAUCUGGCAGCCGUUCUUGCGUUGAAAUCGACUGAAGACUCUUUUACACCCACUCUUCACGCACCACUAGCCCUCCAGCUCCUUAUCGUUCCUUCGCUCGACUUAACAGCAACUGACGCUCCCGGCGGACGCUGGGAAUCUAACAAACACGCACCAUUUUUGCCACCAGCCCGAGUGAAUUGGUUCAAGAAAAUGUAUGUUCCCGAUGACAAAGAUUGUUUGAAAUGGGAAGUUUCGCCACUUUUAGCGCCCGAGGAUUUAGUGAGGAAGGCGCCCAAAACUUGGAUAGCCGCGGGGGAGUUGGACGUCUUGUGCAACGAAGCGGAAGCCUACGCAGAGAGGUUGCGACACUGUGAUGUGCAGGCGGAAUGUGUGGUUUAUCAAGGAGGAACACACCUGAACUUUAUGCUUGACGGUGAUAUGAUGGCGAGCGGAGCUCGAGGAAUUUCAGAUGCAGUCGCUGCAUUGGCAAAAGCAUUUGGCACUGCGGAUGUUUAG